CCCGGCCACAGCUCUCCGAGGUGUGGCAGCCCCUCGGCUUGUCCCCCAGGCUAUAUUUCCUGACCUUCGCUGGGGGAGUGGGUUGCACCGCUUUGGUUGGAUCACUAGAGCCACUUUUGUUUUCAAUCAUCAAAUUCUCUGGAACUACCUUCAGGGACUGCUUCGCCUCAUAAAAGGGGAAUGGACAGGAGGGACUCGGGAGAUCUCGGAGACGAGGCACCAUGAAGAGUUCCCCCCUGAUCGUCCUGGUUCUCCUGGCCUUCCUGCUGAGUGUUCACCCUGCAGCUGCCAUGCAUGGCAGUGACACAGCCAAGUUGUGCUGCUUUCGCUACAGCACCAAGAUGCUGCCCCGGAGCUGGGUGCAAUCCUACGAGCUGACUCAGAGCAGCUGUCCCCAGCAGGCAGUUGUAUUCACUACCAAAAGAGGCAAGAAAGUCUGUGUCCAGCUGAAGGAAAAGUGGGUGCAGAAAUACAUUUCCUUACUGAGAACUCAGAAGCAACCAUGACGCUAAUGAAUUUUCAGUCCAAG